AACACAUUCUUCGGGAGAGAGAGAGAGAGAGAGUGAGAACGAAGUUCAGGCUAUGGCGGCAUCGAAUGGGAGCGAGUACUUCGAGAUUGGAGGAGCGGAAGAGUCCUUUGGAAGACCUUCGAAUGCGGAAUCGGUGGCGGAGGACGAGGAGGAGCUGCGAUGGGCGGCUAUCGAGAAGUUUCCCCCGCAUCAGCGGACGAACUUCGCGUUGUUGAGGCGGAUUCCGUCGGAGCAGGGGAAAGAGGACUCUAAGACAGAGACGAUCGACGUGCGGAAGCUGGACCGUUUUAGCCGUGAGCUUGUUGUGAGGAAUGCCUUGGCGACCAAUGAACAAGACAACUAUAGGUUGCUCUCGGCCAUUAAAGAGCGCCUCGAUAGAGUCGGAUUGGAGGUGCCGACGGUGGAAGUGAGGUACGAGAACUUGAACAUUGAGGCCAAUGUUCAAACCGGUUCAAGAGCUUUGCCUACUUUGGUUAAUGCUUCUCGUGACGUCAUUGAGCGAAUUUUAACUAGUCUACGGAUAUUUCGACCAAAGCGACACUCCUUAACCAUCCUGAACAACAUCAAUGGUGUCGUGAAACCGGGAAGGAUGACUUUGCUCUUAGGACCUCCAGGUUCUGGCAAAUCCACCUUGCUUUUAGCUCUCGCGGGGAAACUUGACAGCAACUUAAAGAGAAGUGGAAAUAUUACAUAUAAUGGACAUAACCUUGACGAAUUUUGCGUUCAAAGGACUUCUGCGUACAUCAGCCAAACAGAUAAUCACAUUGCAGAGCUGACUGUUCGAGAAACCUUUGAUUUUGCUGCUAGGUGUCAAGGUGCAAGCGAAGGAUUUGCAGGGUAUAUGAAAGAUCUGGGUCGUUUAGAGAAGGAAAGGAAAAUUCGGCCAAGUCCCGAGAUUGAUGCAUUUAUGAAGGCAUCAUCAGUUGGCGAUAAAAAGCAUAGUAUUUCAACAGAUUAUGUCUUGAAAGUGCUUGGUCUUGAUAUAUGUUCGGAGACGAUGGUUGGUAAUGAUAUGCUCAGGGGCAUCUCAGGUGGCCAAAGAAAAAGAGUCACAACAGGAGAAGUGGUCGUUGGGCCAAGAAAAACACUGUUUAUGGACGAAAUAUCUACAGGACUUGAUAGUUCUACCACAUACCAAAUUGUAAAAUGCACGAGGAAUUUUGUCCAUCAAAUGGAGGCUACUGUAUUGAUGGCUCUUCUUCAGCCUGCACCGGAGACAUUUGAGCUGUUUGAUGAUCUGGUACUGUUAUCAGAAGGAUAUAUUGUGUAUCAAGGCCCUCGAGCAGAAGUGCUAGAAUUCUUUGAGUCAUUAGGUUUUGGACUACCACCACGUAAGGGUGUUGCAGAUUUCCUUCAAGAGGUCACAUCUAGAAAGGACCAAGCUCAGUACUGGGUUAAUACUUCGAAACCAUACGUGUUUCUUUCUGUUCCAGAAAUUGCAGAAGCCUUUAAAAGUUCCAGAUUUGGAAGGUCUCUGGUGUCCUCGCUCUCUGUUCCAUAUGAUAAAUCUAAGAGUCAUCCUUCGGCUCUGUCCAAGACGAAAUUUGCUGUGUCGAAAUUUGGGCUUUUUAAAGCUUGUUUUGGACGAGAAAUGCUGUUAAUCAGCAGGCAUCGUUUCCUAUAUACCUUUAGGACAUGCCAGGUUGCAUUUGUUGGAUUAGUCACAUGCACAAUGUUCUUACGAACAAGAGUGCACCCCACAGAUGAGAAGAAUGGCAAUCUUUAUCUUUCUUGCCUGUUUUAUGGGCUGGUGCAUAUGAUGUUCAAUGUAUUCUCCGAACUGUCUCUUAUGAUAGCUCGGCUCCCUGUCUUCUACAAGCAAAGAGAUAAUUUCUUUCAUCCUGCAUCUGCGUGGUCUCUCACAAGUUGGAUUCUGCGCAUACCUUAUUCCAUUCUUGAAGCUGUUGUGUGGUCGUGUGUUGUAUACUACACUGUUGGUUUUGCCCCUGAUGCGGGAAGGUUUUUCCGUUUCAUGUUUCUACUCUUUUCUGUACACCAAAUGGCAUUGGGUCUUUUCCGGAUGAUGGCUUCUAUUGCUCGAGAUAUGGUCCUUGCGAAUACAUUUGGAUCAGCAGCAAUUCUAGUUGUAUUCUUGUUGGGCGGGUUCAUCAUUCCACAGUCAAUGAUUAAACCUUGGUGGAUUUGGGCAUUUUGGGUGUCACCUCUGAGCUAUGCACAACGUGCAAUUUCUGUGAACGAAUUUACGGCCACAAGGUGGAUGGAGAGAUCGUCUAUUGGGAACAAUACAGUUGGAUACAACGUUCUCCAAUCACAUAGCCUACCUACUGGUGAUUAUUGGUAUUGGCUUGGAGUUGGUGUAUUACUACUAUAUGCUUUUCUUUUCAACAACAUUGUGACGUGGGCCUUGGCCUACCUUAAUCCCCUUAGAAAAGCACAGGCAGUGAUCCCACUUGAUGCAACAGAGGAGAGUUCAGCUGCGGAUGUGGGUGGUCACGGUUCCGAAUCAGUUAGUCCAACAUCUGCCACAAAGGGCAGCAAAAAGAAGGGCAUGAUCCUUCCAUUUCAACCAUUAACAAUGACUUUUCAUAAUGUCAAUUACUUUGUUGAUAUGCCGAAGGAAAUGAGAUUGCAAGGUGUAUCGGAGAAGAAGUUGCAACUCUUGUCCAAUGUAAGUGGAGUAUUCUCACCUGGUGUUCUCACUGCCUUAGUCGGGUCAAGUGGAGCUGGAAAGACGACUUUGAUGGAUGUGCUUGCCGGUAGGAAAACUGGGGGAUACGUAGAGGGGGAUAUUAGGGUAUCGGGUUACCCAAAAGAGCAGCGAACUUUUGCCAGAGUAUCAGGAUACGUUGAACAAAAUGAUAUACAUUCUCCUCAAGUGACAGUCGAGGAGUCUCUCUGGUUUUCUUCUUCUCUUCGCCUCGCGAAGGAAGUCAGCAAAGAGAAAAGACAUGAGUUCGUUGAAGAAGUGAUGAGAUUAGUAGAGCUUGAUACACUACGGCAUGCUUUGGUUGGCUUGCCUGGUAGUACUGGCCUAUCGACAGAGCAGAGAAAACGUUUAACAAUGGCAGUGGAGCUUGUAGCAAAUCCUUCCAUUAUUUUCAUGGAUGAACCUACAUCUGGACUGGAUGCACGAGCAGCUGCCAUAGUCAUGCGAACUGUCCGGAAUACUGUGGAUACUGGGAGAACUGUGGUCUGCACAAUACAUCAACCGAGCAUCGAAAUAUUUGAAGCAUUUGAUGAGCUACUUCUUAUGAAACGAGGGGGGCGAGUAAUAUAUGGAGGGAAGCUUGGUGUCAACUCACAAGUAAUGGUAAACUAUUUUCAGGGUAUUAGUGGAAUCCCUCCAAUUCCCAGUGGUUACAAUCCAGCGACUUGGAUGCUUGAGGUAACUACAACUGCUGCUGAAGACAGGAUUGGUGAAGACUUCGCAGACAUUUACCGGAAUUCUGAGCAGUACAGGAAAGUGGAAACUUCCAUUAAGCGUUUCAGUAUUCCACCUGCUGGCUCGGAAGCGUUGAAGUUUCCUUCCACAUAUUCACAUGACUCGUUCGCCCAAUUUCGGACUUGCAUAUGGAAACAAAAUCUUGUAUAUUGGAGAACGCCGACAUAUAAUGUCAUGAGGUUAUUCUUUACCACAAUUAGCGCACUGAUAUUGGGUUCGGUGUUCUGGAAAAUUGGCUCAAGAAGGAGUUCAACUCAAGACUUGCUAACGGCUAUGGGAGCUCUUUAUGCCUCGUGCUUGUUUCUUGGAGUCAACAAUGCAUCUUCAGUACAACCGGUUGUUUCAAUUGAGAGGACAGUAUUCUAUAGAGAGAGAGCAGCUGGAAUGUACUCUCCAAUUGCUUAUGCAGCAGCCCAGGGCCUUGUGGAGAUUCCAUACAUUUUUGCGCAGACAAUACUAUAUGGCUUCAUAACCUAUUUCAUGAUUGAUUUUGAACGGACAGCUGGAAAGUUUUUUCUCUAUCUUCUAUUUAUGUUCCUUACAUUCACCUACUUCACCUUUUACGGCCAAAUGGCCGUUGGUCUUACACCUUCUCCACACCUAGCAGCGGUCAUUUCUUCUGCAUUCUACUCUCUAUGGAACCUCCUUUCAGGUUUUCUCGUGCCGAAACCGUACAUCCCUGGAUGGUGGAUCUGGUUCUAUUACAUUUGCCCAGUUGCGUGGACCCUACGGGGCAUUAUCUCGUCUCAGUUUGGUGAUGUGGAAAGCAAGAUUGUUGGAGAUGGAUUUGAGGGCAGCGUGAAAGAGUAUUUGGAAGUUAGUCUUGGCUAUGGCCCUGGGAUGAUAGGAGUUUCGGUAGCGGUGCUUGUUGCUUUCUGUCUCUUCUUUUUCAGCGUUUUCGCAUUCUCAGUCAAAGUCCUCAAUUUCCAGAGAAGAUAAACGGAGCUCCUCCGAAUAUGGAUCUGAACCAACAUCACAGCUGACUGGUAUUGCACCGGACAAACUCAAAUGCAGAAUUUACACUUCAUGUCGAGAGUGCUCUACAACAUUCAGAUCUUUUCACUCCAUUUUUCCAUAAUCCUAGUACUUACAAUAUUAGGUAGUUGAGUUUUUACAUCCAUCUACAGCCAUAUAGUUAGUAAUAAGUUUCAAAGUAUAGAAUUUUGCUUACCCCGUUAUCAACUAUUACAUUGUAUUAAUGUUGAUAUCAUAUAGUUUUGAAAAUACAGAGAUUUGCUCCCACAAAAGCACUUCAUCAUCAAUUU